UAACCUCCUCCAGAUGUUCCCGAGCUCCAUCUGACUGAUGAUUUACAGGCGGCGGACGUCGCCCUCUCACUCCGCGCUCCUCCGGCGACGCCCGGGUUAAUGCUUAACCCUUCGUCGCCGAGGCCGAGCCCCGUUUAUGGGGAGGGAGGCGACUUGGACUGCGAGCGUCGCGGAGGCGCGCGCCAAGUUCCUCAGACUUCAUCUCCCAACCGCUGCGGCGACAGGACCUAUCGGAGGAAGCAGCCGCCAUGCCGAAAGAAUCCGGCGUCUCCAAGGUGUUCGCCGGCACCUUCGUCUUCCUCACGGUGUCCGUCAUCGCCGGCAUCAUCACCAUGGUCAUCGUCUACCAGACGGAGAUCGGACCGCUGAACCCGACGCCGCGGCCCACGCCGCCGUCCGUCACCACCAGCCUGCCGCCCGUCACGCGGCUGCCGAAGCACCUGGUGCCCCAGAGGUACCGGGUGGUGCUCCAGCCCCACCUCUACACCCGCAUCAUCCAGGUGGUGAACGUCACCAGCCCCAACCAGACGAUGGUCUUCACGGGGAACUCCACCGUGACCUUCCGGUGCGUCCGGAGCACCGGCGUGGUCUACCUCCACAGCGAGGACCUGGAGCUCUCCGGUCCGGUGGUGACCAACAAAGACACCGACGAGCGGAUCGGCGUCUCGUGGAUGAAGCACCGAGAGGACAAGGGCCGCUUCCUGGAGAUCCAGCUGGACGCCGUGCUGGCGGCGGGGGGGAACUACAGCCUGUUUCUGGCUUUCAAAGGAACGAUUACAGAAAAUCUCUACGGGCUCUUCGUGAGCACAUAUUCUGAAGGUACCCCAGCGUUUGAAGGCGAUACGGAUACAGAGAGAUUUCUCGCCGCCACCAUGUUGGAGCCGACGGACGCCAGGAGAGUGUUCCCGUGUUUCGACGAGCCGGAGCUGAAGGCGGUGUUCGACGUGACGAUCGUCCACAGGAGAGACACGCUCGCCCUGGGGAACGCGGACAUGAGAGAUUCCUACAUCGUCGACGACGACUGGAAAGUCACCCGCUUUCAUCCGACGCCGAAGAUGUCAACGUACUUGUUCGCCUUCACGGUGUCAGAGUUCACGAUGUCAGCCAGCUCCCCGCCAGGCAGCGUGGAUAUUAAAACGUAUGGCCGCCCGGACGCCAUCGCAGCCGGCCACGCCGACUACGCUGCCGUCGUCACCGGGAAGAUUCUCAAGUUCUACGAGGAAUAUUUUGGAAUAGGCUACGAACAGAGAACUCUGGAUCAAGUUGCCCUGCCAGACUUGGGUCUUGCCGCGAUGGAGAACUGGGGCCUGGUGACGUACCAGGAGGGCAGCCUGCUCUACGAGGAGGGCGUGUCCUCGCUGCUGCACAAGGACACGAUCGCCUUCCUCAUCGCACACGAACUGGCACACCAGUGGUUUGGGAAUCUGGUGACGAUGAAAUGGUGGAACGACAUUUGGCUGAACGAGGGCUUUGCCACGUACCUGUCGGUCGUUGCGGUGGACCACGUGGAUCCACACUCCAACAUGAAAGACGCACAUUUCAUGGCCAACCUCCACGCGGCGUUCGAGCAGGACGCCCUGGCCUCGUCUCACCCCCUCAGUCCUCCGGAGGAAGACGUCCAGAUGACUUAUGAGAUUGAAGAUAUGUUCGAUUCCAUAACCUACUGUAAGGGGGCCGCCGUGCUGAGGAUGCUGUCGUUCAUCGUGACGGACCGAGUGUUCACCAAAGGAAUCCGAAUGUACCUCUCGGACUUUAGCUAUAAAAACACGGACCAGAACGACCUCUGGAAGUAUAUUCAAAAGGCCGAGGACGAGGGCGGUUUCACCAACGUUGCCAAGGUGAUGAACACCUGGACCAAACAAAUCGGCUUUCCUGUUAUCACCAUCAACACCACCAGUGGAGAAGUCUACCAGAAGCACUUCCUGUUCAACGACUCCUCUGAAUCUAACCUCUGGUGGUACGUCCCAAUCAGUUACAUGUCAAAUAUAAAGGAUUCGGCUUACUUCUUGUUGGAAACCAGUGACACGAUGACGAAAGACGAGUUCAUCUCUAAGAGCGGCGAGUGGAUCCUGGCAAACAUCAACUGUACUGGAUACUACAGAGUCAAUUACAACCCGGAGAACUGGGAACGCCUCCUGACUCAGCUGGAGACGAACCCACAACGGAUCCCACUGAUGAACAGAGGGCAGCUUGUUGACGAUGCCUUCAACUUAGCGAGGGCCAAACUCAUCGAAGUGACCCUAGCUCUGAAUUCAACGCGCUUCCUUCACAACGAGAGAGGCUACAUUCCCUGGGCGUCAACAGUCAAGAACCUGGAGUACUUUGUCCUCAUGUUUGACCGCUCCGAGGUGUACGGACCCAUGCAGGCGUACCUCCGAGAACAGGUUAGCGGCCUGUACGACUUCUUCAGGAACGACACCGACCAUUCCCAAGUCCCAAAGGAUCACUCCGCACAGCACAACCAGAUCAUCGCCAUCGAUGUGGCGUGUUCCAACGCGCUCCCAGAAUGCUUAGAGAUGGCGACAAAGAUGUUCGCCGACUGGAUGAACAGCAACGGCACCAACAGCAUCCACCCCAACCUGCGCUCCGUCAUCUACUGCCAGGCCGUGGCCGCCGGCGGGAGGGAGGAGUGGGAGUUCGCCUGGGACAAGUACCGGAGCUCCGUGGACACCUCGGAGAAGGAGCAGCUCCGGGAGGCUCUGUCCUGCACCAAGAAGAUCUGGCUCCUCAACAGAUACCUGCAGUACACCUUGGACCCGGAGAAGAUUCGUCUGAUGGACGUCGGGUCGACUCUCCUCUCAGUAGCAGACAACGUGGCGGGGCAGGCGCUGGCCUGGAACUUUGUCAGAGCGCACUGGGAGUACGUCUACAGAACGGGCCCCGCCAGGCUCAUCGAGGGCGUGACCCGAAGGUUCUCCACGCAAUAUGAACUGGAGGAGCUGGAGCGCUUCGCGGCGGACUACAACCUGAGUCCUACCAACUACGUGCAGCAGGCCGUGGAGCAGACCCGGGUCAACAUCCAGUGGGUCGGCGAGAACGCGGACGCCGUUCUGGAGUGGUUCGAGAACGAAGCCGCUUGGUAGGAGGAGAAAAGACCGGCUCGCUUCCGAUGAAUCCACUUGAAUCCCACAGGAAGUGAUGACGCAACAGGAGCUUUACUCCCUUUAAUCAAAAGGACCGAUAGCUCGAGGAGCACCGCAGUGUGGAGACAUUAUUUAUACCGUCAGACUAACCAGAUUACUAAAUCCACCCCGUUGUCAUUUUUGCACAUGAUGCUGAUGAAAGAUAAUUUUUUUUAAAGUUGUAAAAAAAUUAUGAUGUACUUUUUUUUUAAAGAAUCACUUUUCUUUUUUUUCUCGGCGUCUAUUAUCAAAAUGAUUCUGGAUUGGAACCGUCCUCGAUUGUAUUGAUCUCCUGGCAAAUCUAUCGGUUUGGAGGACGAGCGACUCGUCACACGGGAGGACACGCCUCUGUUGAAGGAGUCUGUGUGUGAUGUAACGUGUGUGUAUACGUGUUGUUGUCAUCAAGGAAGCUGUCUGUGUGCGUCAUGUUGGAAUAAAGGAACCAAAUUAUUCUUGUAUGUUGCUAAAGAAAAUGAUAUUUUUAUAAUAAAACAUCGACAUUG